AAACGAUUAAACAUGGAUUUACAAGUUACAAGGUGUCUACCUGUCUGGACUAGAGGCGACAGAUAACGACUUCACCCGGAGAUUCACGAAUUAAUGAUCCGGUGUUUUACAAGAUGUAUGGUGUGGCAGUGUGCGCUGUUUUCGUCGGUGUCUUAGCGAGUGGAAUGACUUUCAAGUGCACAGACGACACUGUUUAUUGUUCUAAGGACAGCUGCGCAGAGCAGGUGGAAAUGAAAUGUCAAAAGACGUGUAAAGUUUGCAAUGACAAUGACUGUUCAGAAGGAUACUUCAGAACUGAGAACCUUAACGAACCCUGCCGUCCAUGUAAGGAAGCAACAGAAGCAGACAAAGCCAAUGGGACGAUUAAAACCUAUUGUCCACAAUGUGAAACUGAUGGAAAACAUGGCGCUGCGUGUGAUGAGGACUGCAGUGAAGGGUGUGUAAAUAAGAAAUGCGAUCGUUGGACUGGUGUCUGUAAAAGCUGUGAACGUGGCUAUUAUGGGGAUGGUUGCAUCGAGUGUAACAACUGUGAUCAGUGUAGCGAUAAAGGUGUCUGCAAUGGUAGCUGUCACCACGGGUGGUUUUCGCGUAAUUGCGAUAGUCCAUGCCCCACUAAUUGUGCAAAUGGGUCAUGUAAUACUGGUGGCAGGUGUCUUGGAUGUCGCAAAUCAUAUUUCGGUAGAAGUUGUGACCGAACCUGUCCUAAGACUUGUCUGAACGAAUCUUGUCAACAAGACGAUGGCCAGUGUACUGGCUGUAAGGAUGGUUUCUAUGGAUACAACUGUACAGUGAACUGCAGCAGCCAUUGCUUAAACACAAGAUGUCACCAAACUAACGGAUCAUGUGUUCAUGGCUGUACACCUGGUUUCUAUGGAGACUCGUGUGACAGAACGUGUCCCGUGAUGUGUCUUAAAAACUCCUGUGACCGCUCAGAAGGCACGUGUAAAGAGGGUUGCAACAGGACCGGUGUGUACGGUCCUUUCUGUAACUAUACCUGUAAUGGUACCUGCGAGUCUGUGCGAUGUCCGAGGGAUGAGUCUGGUGAUGUGUUGUGCAGUGCUGUAUGCAUUACUGGUAAAAUGGGAGAUCACUGCACAGAAGACUGUCCCGCGAAUUGUAACGGGUCGUGUGACCACCUAUCAGCUAGAUGUUUGAAUGGAUGUAUAUCUGGUCACUAUGGAAAUAACUGUUCUGAAACGUGCUCUGAUAACUGUCUCGCAGAUAGCUGUUUCCAGGACAACGGGACCUGCACGAGUGGGUGCAAACCUGCCUUCUAUGGAGCCACGUGCUCCAAGUCCUGCAGUGAGAAUUGUAAAUCUCCGUGCACUAAGAAGCCAGGACUAACCUGCGUGGACGGAUGUGUUAGUGGGUGGCGAGGGAGCUACUGUGAACUGAGGUGUGAUGACAACUGUUCUGUGUGUGACCAAGACACAGGGAGAUGUACACAGUGUGUGCACGGGUUAUAUGGCGAGAACUGCAAUCGAACAUGCCAGGACCAUAAGGUGAAUGGAACAUGUUCGACAACCAGAGGAGGCGAGGUGACAGGAACUAUCGCACCACCGCAAUUAGACCUGGAAUUCUUGAUGAUCAUCCUGGUGACUGUUUUCUCUCUUGUGAUCAUCAUGCUUCUUGUAGCCUGCUUUCUUCUCAGAAAGAAGUACAAAUCGAGCCGCCGAGCGGUGGGGGAUCACACGAGGAACGUUAGCUACACUCACACCAACCCCACCUACCGAAUGGAGUCCGACUCAGUACCUACAGAAAACAGAUCGGACUCAUCGUCUGACCCGCCUGAUAUUCUCACCUGUCACGUGAGACCUCCCCCUGUGACGCCCAAUGGCUUCACAGACGCUACUGCCAUUGUGUUCCCUACUAAUAGUCGGACUAACGAUUGGCCCAACGGAGGCGACGACGACGACGACGACGGGGAUCCUGAAGAUAUUAAAUACGAAAUGAUCUUUCUAAACCCGCAGAGAAAUAAACGUUUUUCGCAUGACGUGUUUGUUAACGAAGGCGCGGUGGCACAUGACAUGUGUGUGAACGAAGGCGCGGUGCCACCCAAGGAAUGUCUGAAUCUUCUGUAUGAGGACGAAACACGCGAUAGGACCCCCACCCCAAAACCGUGCUACCCCCAUGUGGUCGUUAGCAAGACAGACAUAGAGGAAUCGUUGCCGCUCCUCGAACCUCAGGGAAGCAGGGCUGAAAACAGUGUGCAUAUCCAGCAUUUCCCCACGUACGUCCACAAGAUGACAGAUAUGAGCGGGUUCUCCGUAGAAUUCCAGUACCUGCCCGAUGUGAAUUUAUAUUCUACCGAGGAAGCCGACAAGACUGGGAACAUGCCGAAAAACAGAUACCGGAACAUCAAACCAUAUGACAGUAACAGAGUGAAGUUGGAGACGAUUCCGGGGAUACCGACAUCAGACUACAUCAAUGCAAGCUUCAUCGACGGUUACCAUGCACCUAGACAUUACAUAGCUACACAAGGGCCGAUAGAGUCGACCAUUUCUGACUUCUGGAGAAUGGUUUGGGAGGUCAAGGCCAAAUAUAUCAUCAUGCUGACCAGUCUACAGGACGGAGACCAGACCAAAUGUUCCAUGUACUGGCCCGACCCAGAGAUGUGGAUCAAGAAGUGUGCUAACAUUGUGGUUACUCUGGAGAAAGUUCAAGUCCGACCGACUUACACGUCACGGAGGUUUUCACUUUCCAAGAAAGGUAAAAAGACGUGUACGAGAACAGUGACGCAACUACACUACACAGACUGGGUGGACCGAGGAAUCCCAAACGAUGGCCGCGCGCUGCUUUCCUUCGUUCAGUACGUGAAGAGUCUCCGGUCAGGGAAAGAUAAUCACCCACUGAUCGUUCACUGCAGCGCUGGAGUGGGUAGGACGGGGACGUUCAUAGCCGCGGAAUACCUGAUGGACCAGGGUCUGACUGAGAAGAAACUCGACGUGUUUGGAUGUGUGUCCAGACUUCGACAGCAGCGCGUUAAGAUGGUCCAGACUGAAGCACAGUAUCAGUUUCUUCAUUUUCUGCUGUUGGAAUGGAUCUCAUCGCAGAGCACUGGCACGGUGUCUGAAAACGCAAGACAGUUGGAUGGAACACAAACCACGGUCUGACAGGAACUGAACACCCAAGACUAUGCAAAGGGCGGGUUGGGGGUAGGGUAGGUCUAGAUUGUGGCAAACGACGUUUCUAGGGGGUUGUCUUGUUUACUCAGAAAAAACUAUAUGUGUGCAUGUAUACAAAACAAGAUAUCGCUUUGACUUGGGAGGGUUUCGACCGACCCCUUCCCCCCCCCCCCCCUUGUUCACUCACCUGUUACAGCAACAGUGUUUUCUCAUCAUCAUUUAAUAUAGGCGUUGGGAGCGAGGGAAUCUUAUAGGGGGCACCGCCCCCUCUGAAAUAUGUACCCCUCCCAGAUGGUUUAAACAAUAUUUAUUGCCGUUAACAAACAGUAGCAGUGUGGGGAUUGGCUAGAAGGCGUUAGCCUAUAUUAAGGUCUCUCCUAACAAUUUAAAGUAGGAAUAUAUCACAAGCAAUAAAAUAAAACAUGAUUAUAACUUGUUCCAAAUUUACUAACAAAGAAGGGGAAAUGGAAGAAAGGGUAAAGAGGAUGAGCAGAUUAUUACGUUUGAGCAUUUUACAAUAUUUAGAUGUUAGAAGAGAGAGAAUGAAUGUGACUGGCAUUAUUUUCUAGGAGACUUAUUUCGCUUCAUCCAUAGACCGACAAAUAACAUGGUAUAAAUCAAAAAGCUGAUUAACGGUUGAAUCUCCUCGAAUAAAACUAGAUUGGAAUUGUGUUGUAAAUAUUAUUUUCCCCAGUCCAUUCUGACCAUGUCAAGGUUGGGGAGCCUUGAAUUCAUGGCCUUACAUCAAAGUGAUAUAAUGUAUA